AUGAGGAAAUAUUCGGAACAACCUUACUUAAUUAACGUUUUAAGCUCUUUUUGUAUGGUAUAUCUCUAUCGAAUAUCCGAUAAUUUCGAACAGGAGAACUGUGGAAGUAAUAUUUGUUGGAACUAUUCAGUUGGUUAG